AUGACGGGAGAAAAAAUAGAAGUCGUCGGGAUAUGCUACGUAACUAUGGAAGUUCAUGGACACAGAGUGGAGGAAGUGCCAUUGUAUGUGGUACAGGGGAAUGGACCUGCCUUAUUCGGUAGGGACUGGCUGCAUUUUGCGAAAUUUGACUGGAAAAAUUUAGCUGUAAAUCAUCUGCAUUCUGGUAUUCUGAAAACCUCAAAGUUAGAAGAGCUGUUAAGGAAAUAUGGUGUAAGAAAGGAUGCAAAACCAAUCUUUUAUAAAGCGAGGACAGUUCCUUAUGCAAUCAGGGAUGCUGUGAAUGCAGAACUUAAAAGACUAGAAUUGGAUGGAAUUAUUGAGAAAGUUGACUAUAGUGAGUGGGCGGCACCAAUAGUGCCCGUUUCAAAAGACAAUGGUUCUAUUAGGAUCUGUGGUAACUUCAAGGUCACCAUAAAUCGUUAUGUGGAAAACCCUGAACAUCCAAUGCCAAAUCCAGAUGAACUAUACCAGCGACUGAAUGGUGGAAAAACUUUCUCAAAGUUAGAUUUAUCGCAAGCUUAUCAGCAAGUGGAAUUAGAUGAGGAAUCUAGGAAAUAUGUCACGAUUAACACACCACUUGGUUUGUACCGAUAUACACGUUUACCAUAUGGUGUCUCAGCAGCACCACAACUUUUUCAGUCUUUGAUGGAUCAAGUUCUGCAAGGAGUGCCUUGUGGAUGCAACAUAGAUGAUAUUAGUCUUACUGGGAGAACCGAAGCUGAACAUUUACAUAAUCUUGAAAAGGUACUUGAGCGGUUCCACAUCAAUGGGUUGAAAUUAGAUGCAUCACCCAAAGGACUUGGAGCAGUGCUUUCCCAUAUCACCAGUAACGGAGAAAGACCAAUUGCUUAUGCAUCAAGAAUGUUAACACCCACUGAACGUAACUACUAUUCCCAAAUUGAGCGUGAGGGUUUGGCAAUCAUCUUUGGACUACGGAAGUUUCAUCAAUAUUUAUAUGGUCGUAAAUUCACCCUUAUUACAGAUAACAAAUCACUGUCAUACAUUCUGGGACCCAGGAAGGGCAUUCCAGUCCUUGCAGCUGUAAGAAUACAACGCUGGGCUAUACAGUUAGCAGCUUAUGAUUAUGACAUUGAAUUACUCGUUUCAAGUGACAAUGGAAAUGCUGAUGCACUCUCACGGUUGCCUUUACCAGAUUGUGACUCUGAUGCAUCAGAUAAGCUUGUAAACUGGACACAAGAAGCAACUGCAUUUAACAUGCACCAGGUGAACUCUCUUCCUGUAACUGCAAAAUCUGUUGCAAGGGAAACUUUGCAUGAUGCUGUACUGGCUAGAACUUUAUAUUAUACAAGAAAUGGAUGGCCAGACUCUGAGGACAUAGCACAGGAACUGAAAACCUUCCAUAGCCGUCAGCGUGAGUUUUCAAUUGAAGAGGGAUGUCUUCUAUGGGGUGCCUGGGUGGUAAUACCGUCGAGAUAUAGGAUUCAAAUCUUAGAAGAGCUACAUGGUGGUCAUCCGGGGAUUGUUAGGAUGAAAGGAUUAGCUCGCUUGCAUGUGUGGUGGCCGAAUAUAGAGAAAGAUAUUGAAAACACUGUGCAAGGGUGCUCUGCUUGUCAGGCUACUCAGCCAAUGCCAACUCGUGCUGAGGGUAAUCCGUGGAAAUGGCCUUCUGGUCCGUGGAAAAGAGUACAUGUUGAUUUCGCAGGACCAUUCCUGGGACAAAUGUACCUCAUUAUGAUUGACGCAUAUUCAAAAUGGCCAGAAGUAGACCCAAUGAAAUCAGUUACAACUAUGAAUACCAUCGAGAUCAUGCGGCAGGUAUUUGCUCAGCAUGGGGUUUGUGUAGAGCUCGUGUCUGAUAAUGGAAGAGUUCUACACUAA